AACGUGUACAAUAAGAACGAGACGGGUGUGAUGUUGCGCGUGCUCAGGUCACUGAAAGUCCUAGUUGAUCGCGAUGAGCUGCGCACGGCCCGAUCGUCCUACAUGCAGCGGAUCCUUAUUACUGCGGUGGAAUGCAUCUCUGCCGACGGUUAG